AUGGACAGCGUCUGUGUUGUGUUUGUGACAGCCUUAAUUCUGUUCUUCUCCACUGUGGUCCUUAUCUUCUACCAAAACAGGUUCAGACUCAAAAGCAAGUCCAGAAAUCAUCAACUUCCCUUAGGUUCUAUGGGAUGGCCUUUCAUCGGUGAAACCGCCGACUAUGUUUCCUCUGCUUAUAAUGUUGGCCCCGAUGCCUUCAUGGACAAGCGACGCAGCAUGUAUGGGAAGGUGUUUAAGUCGCACAUAUUUGGGAGUCCAACAAUAGUUUCCAUGGAUGCAGAAGUUAAUAGAUUUGUACUGCAAAGUGAUGCAGCGGUUUUUGUUCCAUCUUAUCCAAAGUCUGUUUCUGAACUGAUGGGGGAGUUCUCGAUUCUGUCUAUCAAUGGAAGCCUUCACAGGAGAAUACAUGGCCUCGUUGGAGGUUUUUUCAAGUCUCACCAGCUUAAGUCUCAGAUCACCAAAGAAAUGCAGAACUACAUCCAACAAUCAAUGGCAAAUUGGAGCGAGGAUCGCCCAGUAUUUAUCCAAGAUGUAACCAAAAGUAUUGCCUUUCAAUUACUAGUCAAAGCAUUGAUUAGUUUAGAUCCAGGUGAUGAAAUGGAUCUCCUAAGGAAACAUUUUCAAGAAUUCAUCUCUGGAUUCAUAUCUCUACCUAUAAACCUACCAGGAAGUAAGCUUUAUCGUUCUUUACAGGCCAAAAAGAAGAUGAUCAAAUUAGUGCAGAAAAUUAUCCAAGCAAAGAGAGAUAGUGGCCUCUCUAAGGUUCCAAAAGAUGUAGUGGAUGUGCUACUGAAUGAUGCAAGUGAGCAUUUCACUGAUAAAUUGAUAGCAGAUAAUGUAAUUGAUAUGAUGAUUCCAGGAGAAGACUCUGUGCCUGUUCUUGUUGCUAUAGCUAUAAAGUACCUAUCAGAAUGUCCUCUUGCUCUGCAACAAUUAACGGAGGAAAAUAUGAAACUUAAGAGACUCAAAGAUCAGCAAGGGGAGCCUUUAAGUUGGAGUGAUUACAUGUCAUUACCAUUUACUCAAACAGUUAUUACAGAAACUUUGAGGAUGGGGAAUAUUAUAAUGGGUGUCUUCCGAAAGGCCAUGAAAGAUGUUGAAAUAAAAGGGAUUUUAAUACCAAAAGGAUGGUGUGUUUUUACGUAUUUUCGAUCAGUUCAUCUAGAUGACAGUAACUAUGAUCAUCCUUACCAGUUUAAUCCAUGGAGGUGGCAAAACAAGGACAUGAGCAGUUGCAGUUUCACUCCGUUUGGUGGGGGACUAAGGCUUUGUCCUGGUCUUGACUUGUCCAGGCUGGAAGCUUCCAUCUUUCUCCAUCACUUUGUUACUCAAUUCAGAUGGUCAGCAGAAGAAGAUACCAUUGUGAACUUCCCCACAGUAAGAAUGAAAAGGAGAAUGCCAAUCUGGAUAGAGAGAGUGAAGGAUUGAGAUGCUUUGUAAUGCUGAGAAGAAAAGAGAGGUAGGGGUCAAGAAGAGUUUGGCAAAUGCAAACACAAGGGUGCAUUGUAUUUGAUCUAUUAUGCAGAUAUAGACAAUAGAAAGAAUCAUCUAUGUUUUCAAGGACUAAUCACUUUGAUUCC